UUCACACAUGUAUAUGCUGGCAAUUUCGGGUGGCGUGUCAAACUUUACCAACAGAUAUACUAAUACGUUACCAUGGAAAAACGUGAAGUUCAACACGUGAUCAGCGCGUUAACACAGAGGAGUACAGACUACCGGCGAUCGUGUUCAGGUCGUGUCAGGAGUUUGUUCAGUACGGAAGAUAUGAAGAGGUCCAAAUUCUUUCAAGAACUGACCGCAGAGUUCCUCGGGUCCGCCCUGUUGGUAAUCUUCGGUUGCGGCUCCGCCGUAACGCUGGAACCCCAGUUAGCACCGACGGUACCGUCAAUAGCCAUCGCGUUCGGCCUGACAGUCGCAACGAUCAUCUGGUCACUUGGUCACGUUAGUGGUGCCCAGAUCAACCCGUGUGUGACCCUGACACUAUGCUUGACCAGGAAGAUGACGUUGAUGAAGUGCAUGUUCUAUUGUGCUAUACAGUGUGUCGGUGCUAUAGUGGGCGCCUACAUUCUCUAUGGACUGACCCCCCAAGACCGGCGUGGCAUGCUAGGAAUCACCCUGGUGUCCCCAAGGAUCAGCCUGUGGCAAGGAGUGGGGGUGGAGAUCCUCGCUACCUUUAUGUUAGUCCUUGCCAUCUAUGCUACGAUAGACUCCCGUAUAACUGACCAUCCCGGCUCCAAGGCCCUGAGUAUCGGUUUUGUGGUGACCAUGGACAUUCCUUGGGCGAUCCAGUACACUGGGGCGAGCAUGAACCCUGCAAGGAGUUUGGGACCCGUGGUUGUCAUGGGAGUUUGGGAUCACCAUUGGGUUUUCUGGUUGGGACCCAUCCUGGGCGCUCUCGCAGCUGGCGUCUUGUACGAGACGGUGUUUGCUGUCAACGCAUCCGUCAAGAAAACCAGGGCAUGUUUGUGUGGCGACAUCUUCGACGAAGACCUACUGGAUGCAUACGAACUUGACUGCAUCACUGUCGACAACAACGUAGACGAGUUGAAGCCGUAAAACUGCAAAUCUUUGGACUGAAAAUAAGACAGGAAAAAAUACAUUAGCUUGUAUUGUAUGUACGCCCUGCUAACCUGAACAAUUCUGCGCUUCGUACCCGAAACAUAACAGUAUAUUUGUAUUGAAGAACAUAAUGGAAAUAUACAGGACAUG